UCACCCGUACCCUUACUUGGGUGAGAGAGGAUCCGCAGCUCCACUCUUACCUUUACUGCGGCACUACGGCGGGAGGUAUAAGGCUCAGUCCACCACCACUUCUCCUCCACCACUCCACCACUCCACACACCACGAGUACUACAGCUACACUUCCACUACCACCAGGCGCCUGCAACAAUGCCUCCCCGCAAGUACAUCAGCAAGCGUGGCCCAAGAUCUCCAAAGAUGAUAGGUCCAGCCAACGCAAGAGCCGUGUUGACAGGCGAGGGAAGUAACCCAUACUCUAAUAGAAAAGCAACGGCAGCCGCUGCGCAGAAGGCCAUUGCACGGAGGGCCGCCGCCCGGAAGGCCUCUGCUAAGAAGGCUACCGCCAAGAAGACAGAGGGCACCAAAGCUCCAGCUCUCACUUCAACUGCCCACAACCAUUGGUUGUAUAGAGGACCGAUCCAUCGUGGAGUCUCCAAGGCCCGCGUGUACAUCCAGAACAUCCGCAAGAAAGCACGUCGUAAGGGUACACUCGACUUGUACAUCCACAACAUCCGCAAGGGAGCACGUCGCAAAGGCACACUCGACAAAUCUCCAGACCUCCAGAAAACGACCAGAUUGCCCGCCCCUCCAACCCCAUUCCGCCGCAUGAUCCGUGAGAUGGGGAACGAGAUAGCAGCUGCCGGCGCCAUCCGUUGGGCGCCCGAAGCUCUCGAGAUUCUGUGGAUGGAAGCUGAAGAGCUCCUGACAGCGGUGCUUUCAACUGCAGACCUCUGUGCUCGACACGCUGGCCGCAACACAAUCAUGCAGAGUGAUAUACACCUCUCAUGUCGCCUCGCUUGUAUGCUCCCAAUGAGUCCUCAGCUGGCGGCGGCCCUUUUGCCAAUCACACGCAAGCGUGAACAUACGCAAGAGUAAGCCCAGCUGCCAGAAAUGGUGUUCUGAGAGUGAAUUGGGAUGCAACUCUGGACUUGCACGGCUUCAGUCGUCUUACCAAUGCCCCCAGGGAGGCUUGAUUCAUAGGUCC